CGGUCAUCACUCAAACCGGAGAUUAUAAAACGCACUUAAAAUGACAUCAAUUGCUGGCGGUCAUGGCGAACCCAAUCCAAAUAGCUCUUGGCUACGUGCACGUGGUCUAUGGCUGACUUACUUUCUUGGUGUGCUUGGAGUGCAUUUAGUUUUGUUAUCUGUUCCGUUCAUAAGUAUUCCCUGGGCUUGGACUGUGACCAAUUUGCUGCACAAUGCGGCACAUCUUUACUUUCUGCAUAUAAUAAAAGGCGCACCCUGGUUGAGCAUUGAAAAUGAUAGCUCUAGACGUUGGACCCACUGGGAGCAGAUUGACGAUGGAGUGCAGAUGACGGGAACGCGAAAGUUCCUAACUGCCGUGCCUAUUGUUCUCUUCCUGCUCACUUGUCUGUAUACUCGAAAUAGUACGGAGCACUUUAUCGCUAAUUUUAUAUCGCUUGUCGUGGUCACGCUGCCAAAGUUGCCGCAAUUUCAUGGCGUACGGCUAUUCAAUAUAAACAAAUACUAAGAAGGAGCACUUUGGAUAGAAAAGGAUUUGAGUGCCAGCCUAAGGCUUACCAUCUGUAGACUGAGCAAGUGUUGCUUGUUAUGAAUUUCUGGUGCAGGUACUACUCUUAAUACCUAGUUUAAUAUAUUAUUUCUGCUGUAUAUAGUAUACUGAAAAUAAUACAUUCGCAAAUGUACAAUGUAAAAAACAAAAACAACAAGAGUGUUAA